AUGGAAGUAGAUGGAACAGUAUCAGAUGUAUUAAACAACAACAGAAAUAUUCUUGUUGACAGUCGACAAGAAGAAGAAGAAGAAACUUUAUCAUUCUAUGGCUUUGAUGAGCUAACAGAUAGAAUAAAGUCACUUUGUUGUGAAAUGUUGAAUGCUAUGAUCAAUAAUACAGCAUCAGCAGCCGCAGGAGACAAUCAAAAGAGCAGCAGUGCUGCUGCUGACAUUAUCAAUUCAAAUCAUCAAAAGAUGUUGUCAAUCUUUUUAGAAGUAAAACAAAGUAAUAGAUCUAUUGUAUUUGACAUGGAGACUUGGAAGACACAAGUAGAUAAAGACAAACAAAAGUUGGAUCAUCUCAACCUAUUCUAUGAAAACUUUAUCUAUGAAAAGAAUCAUCUCUUGAAAGAAAUACAUUCCACCUCGGAUUUUGAUAUAAGCGCUUUUGAACCUAUAUUGGUUGAUGAAAUGUAUUACAACGAUAAAAAACAACAAGAUAUCACUGCUGAGCAACAAUCAUCAUCAUCAUCACCAGAGUUGGAUGAAGAAACGCAAAAACACAAUCAGAAAAUGGCUAGACUUCAAUUUGAACUCGAUGAAAGAAUUAAAAAGUUGGAUCAAUUAAACAAAUUGAAUCAAAAAAAGAAACUACAUACAGAGAUUAAUAUCUCUAAACAAAACUUUUUAUCUACUUUACCAAAAUCCUUAUCGUCAUUGUCAAAUAAAUUAUCUCAAAUUGGAUCAUCAACUUCAAAUUAUAAUCCAACUGCAUUUUAUCUUUCAAAACCAUUAUAUUAUAUGUAUAGUUCUAUACUCUCCUAUCAAUCAUCUUGUAAAAAACCAGACUUUAAUAUUAAAAUUAUUGGUGAUAUUGAUAAAGCAUCAACAUUUAAUCAACAACAACAACAACAACAACAACAACAACAACAACAACAACAACAACAACAACAACAACAACAACAACAACAACAAAUUGAUCAACAACCAUUAACAGUUCAUCCAUUAUCACUAGAGUUUGAAUAUCGUAUAUCAAAAGAAUUGGUAUCUAUACAAUUCUAUUUUUUGGCAGAUGAAAAUAUUAUUGUUUGUAGUAUAAACACUGAUAAUCAAUCCUAUUUAUCAAACCUUUUCCCAAAUGACAUUGGAGAUGAUUUUAUUCAAUCUUUUACGACCACCAACACUAAUGGACCAAAACAAUCAAAUAGUACACUAAAUAUUGUUGGAAAGGUUUUUAGGUGGGCUCAAUUACUGGGUGGUCUCAUGGUAGACUCUAGCAUGAACAGAUGGUCCUUGGUUUCUGUUAUCAUGUCUUCAAUCGAGAAAAGAAUACACUCUAAACAAAAAAUGUUUAGGCAAAUUAAUGAACUCAAGAAACAAGUUGUUAAAACAAAUCAUUCAAUUGAUGAUCUAAAUUUCCAUUUGACAUUAUUUGAAUCUUCAUAUGAUCAUUCCUCAUUUAGAUUAAUAUUUCAAAAUCAAAAUGUCGAGAUUCAAGUUGAUAUAAUAAUGGUGUAUGAUAGUGUAGAAAUACCUCCUUUAUUUAAACUAUCAUCAAAGGUAGUUAAACCUCCAACUAAAAAAGAUGACGAAUUUAAUAAUCCAAACAGAAUACUAUUGGAAAAAGAAACACUAAGGUCAAUAGAACUGGAAAUGAACCAAUGCAAUGAAUUUGAAGAAAAAACAGAAUCUGCUCUCGUCCUCACCAACCAAAUACAAAAGCUAAAGAAUAUUUUAUCCAUUUUAUCAAAUCCAAAAACAUUAUCAUCAAAACUAGGUCUUGAAGGAGAAAGAUUAAGAAGAGGAAAACUUCGUUUUAUUCCAUUUAGUAAAUAA